AUGUCUUCGCCAAAGCUCAAAGUCGCAAUCGCGGGUUUGGGCCGCAUGGGAUCUCGUCACGCUCUUCAUUUCCACACCAUGACCCCUCGUGCAGAGUUGAUCGCGGUCUCAUCGCCGGACGCUAAAGAGUUGGCCUGGGCCACCCGAAACCUGGAAGGCGUGCGGACAUACCUGGACUACGACCAGAUGUUGAGGGAAGAGAAGGAGUUGCAGGCUGUGGUCAUCGCCUCGGCGACCGUCGUUCACGCUGAGCAGGCCAUCAAAGCCAUCAAAAGGGGCCUUCACGUCCUGUGUGAGAAACCUCUCAGCACAAAUCCAGAAGUUACAGUUGUCACUGCAUACCGGGCGGCGAAGACGACCUAUUCCAAACAAAAGGUCAUCUGUGGCUUCUCCCGCCGCUUCGAUGCAUCCUACAGAGAUGCCCACCAGAAAAUGCGAUCGGGUUUGAUUGGACGCCCGGCUGUCUUUCGCUCGCAGACCUGCGACAAGCUCGAUCCGUCCGGGUUCUUUGUGCAGUACGCACAGUUCUCUGGUGGUAUUUUCGUGGAUUGCUCCAUCCAUGACAUUGACCUAGCUCUGUGGUUCUUCGGUGAAGACUCGAUUGUCAAGUCCGUCAGUGCAAUUGGUAUCACGGCCGUCUCUCCCGAACUGCGGAAACACAACGAUCGUGACAAUGCGUUGGGGAUCGUGGAAUUCUACGGAGGCAAAAUUGCUCAGUUGUACUGCAGUAGAAUGAUGGCUGCUGGACAAGAAGACAGCACCGAGAUCACCGGCACCGAGGGGAAACUCGCCGUCAACACGCAACCCAUGUCCAAUCUCGUCAACAUCUACGAAUCCUCGGGCAUCCGCCGUGAGAUUCCACCUCACUAUUACGGCCGAUUUAGGGAGGCCUUCAUCACCGAAGCAAACGAGUUUACUGCCUGCUGCCUCGACGACACCGAGCCUCCAUUCAGGCUCGAAGGGGCUGUGGCGGCGGUCAAGAUCGGCUGUGCUCUACAAGAGAGUCUCAUCACCGGGAAGAAGAUCGAGUUUGAUGAGAUCGGUCGGCGGGUAGACAGUGGCGCAGAGAACGAGACAGCACUCUUGACCGCGAGGUUGUGA